UUGCUUAAAAAAAAAAAAAAAAAAAUUUGUAAAGUCCAAGUCCAAUCCCAACCGAUUAGACCAAGGAUAAAAAAACCAAGUUACUCUUCACUUCCUUCUAUGGUCAUAGACUAGACUUUGGAUCUUUUCACGUUUCUCCUUGCACGACUCAUUUUGGAAACUAGUUUACGGCUUUACACAGUACAUUCGUGGUCUAGGAUUGCGUGAACCAGUGUCAGAAGUUACUAUACGAUGAGGCGAUGAGGACGAGUUUCCGUGCGUUACCAAACACAGCACAUUCUCUGGGAAUCUCCGAAUCCACGGUUCCGUGAAACAAUUUUCUCACGUUAGCGCACCCGCUGUUUGGUUACACCGAGAAUCUUAACCCGGAUAUGGAAAAAGCACCCGAAACUGGAAUCGAGGAAUCAUCAUCUCCAAACACAUCGCAAGAUGAUCACAAGCAGUGGAUCGAGGCUCAGGAUGAUCUAAAGAGAAGACUGGUAACAGAGGACGAUUUCUCAUGGAAAUUAUCGAAAGAGAAGGAGGAGGAAGAGGAAGUGUUGUUGAGAUAUGUUGGUGGGGUCGACAUAAGUUUCUCAAAGGAGGACACGUCAGUUGCUUGUGGGACCCUCGUGGUGUUGGACAUUCAAAGUCAAGACCUUCAAGUUGUGUAUCAUGAUUACUACCUUGUUACACUUACUGUUCCUUAUGUUCCUGGCUUCCUUGCUUUCCGAGAGGCGCCAGUUCUUCUAGAGCUUUUGGAGAGAAUGAAAAAGAAUGCAAGUCCAUUUUAUCCACAGGUGUUAAUGGUUGAUGGAAACGGAAUACUUCAUCCUCGAGGUUUUGGCUUGGCUUGCCAUCUAGGUGUUUUGGCUGACCUCCCUACAAUUGGGAUUGGAAAGAAUCUGCAUCAUGUGGAUGGUCUUACUUAUUCUGGAGUGAGACAACUACUAGAAAACAAAGAAAAUUACACUGAAAAUUUUAUUACUUUGAGUGGAUGCUCCGGGAAAAUAUGGGGAGUGGCAAUGAGAUCCACAAAGGGCUCCUUGAAGCCUAUAUUUAUUUCUGUUGGUCAUCGUGUAUCACUUGAUACUGCAAUCACAAUUGUUAAAAUGACUUGCAAGUAUCGCGUGCCAGAGCCUACCCGGCAGGCUGAUAUUAGGUCAAGAGAAUACUUGCGUAAGCAUCAAACGGGCAUGUCAGAAUGAUGCAACAUCAUGGAUCUGCACUCAAUAGACUGGAGUUGUGGGUACACCUUCUAGAUUAUAAAGUAGACAUGCCAGGGAAAUACUUGACUUGCACAUUACAAAUUUAAAUGACAAGAAGGUUGGUACUUUUAUUCAUUUAAAUGGAAACUGGAGAGAGUUGAAAAGGCACCAUCUUGUUGAAAGGUUCUAUACAUCUGACCUUUCACAAGGCAUUUCUUUUUUCAUUUUUAUAUGGGAUAUAAAUAUAUUUGCACUACCAACAUAUGCUAUAUUGAAAUUGGCACAUAUGCUAAGUGAUGCUGCUAAAGAAGAUUAAUUUGUUGCUACUUCACAAUUUUGUCCAUUGAAGAUUUUUUGUAUAUGAUCAAUGUGCGAAGUCUAACUGAAUCAAGAGUCGUAUGGUUUGAAAGGUCUAGUUAUUAUAUCUAUUCUAGGGUUAAAAUAGUUUUUAAUUUGGGUUUUUGUUUUACAAGUUAUAGCUAGUUUUCUUAUCAAUGGCAAAACUGUAAUUUCAUCAACUUCUGUGAAUAACGGUCUGUGGUAAUUGAGUUAAGUCUAGAAUUUUGUAGGAGACUUAAGUGUUUUAGGUAUAUUUCUUUGAUUCCAAGUUAGUCAUUUAUUUCCUUAUCAGGCUUUGGACAAAGUUUUCCUCCAAUCCGGUUUGGGGCAAUCUCCUCCAACCCAUUACAUAGCGACUCAUAAAGACAUCCACAUGUAUUAUUUAAAAAGUCACAUGAAUCAUUAAAUAGGUCAUGUAACUAAAAGUAUACAUGUAUGUUUUUCUCAAUUACCAUGUAGUGGGUUGAAGGAGUUUUCCUCCAAAUUGGUUUGCAAGUAUGCUUUUUCCAUAGGUUUUUAUUUUAGUAGAAUUUGGAUUUCUAAUACUACUAUUACAAGAAAGAAUCUUUAUAUUUAUGCUCAAUUUACUCAAAGAAUUCAUGGAUUUGAUUAAUAGAAACAUUGAGCGUUUUGAGUAUUGAGGUACAUUGACCUUAGUGUAUUACCUUUUCCUUUUCACUCCUCGCUUUCUCUUCUUCUUUGUCACUAUCACUAUUUAUGGUUUUGUUUAUGUGCACUAUUCACAAUAUUGUUCACUUGUACUUGUUACUCUACUUUUAACAACUUAUGGACAAAUUCAAUCUCAGUUUCUUAUUACCUCUUUUACAGCCCGAAAUCAAAAUUUUCCUUUUCCUACCAAACCUUAGUCAUUCUUCGAAUGGCCUUAAGGCAAGUGGCACCUCCAGGUCCUCCCCCCAAUAAGUAUGGGACGAUGGGAAAUAGUGGAUGUUUAAAUACCCUCAGGUGCCUGAGUAUAUUAUCUAGCAAAAAAAAAAACCAUUAGUUUUCCUAAACCUAAGCCCAGUACAAGCAUACCUAAAAUCAGCACAGAACAUAUUCAAAGUCCCUCCCAUCCCCCCUCCCUCAAGAUUUUGAAGUAACCAAGAAGAUUUUGCAACCAUUGAAUGAAAGGUUUUGUUUUUAAUUGAAGCAAAUCUGGAAGAACUGUCUACUAUUCUAGAAACUUAUAUAAGCUAUCAGGUGCUAUUUUGGCCACAAAUCUUGAUUGAUUACUGUUUCAACAAGAUUUGUGUGUAAUCAUUUUUUAGCAUAGAUUUGUGUGUCUGGUUUAAUCCUUCAUUAAAUUUAUAAUUGUAAUGCAUGAAGGGCCUGCCUACAGAUGAAAAAGGUUCAGUCUAAACCCUGCCAAAUUAGACAUUAUGAAUGCCAGCGGCAGUAUCAAAGCAGAAGGGACUAGGGGCAAAGAGGUAAAGAGAGCACCACAAAAUAGACUACCUCGGUGUCAAGUCUUCAAGGCGUACUUUCUGGUGGAACCAUUACAGCAAUGCUAAAGAUCGAACAUCAUGACUUCUAUAUGAGGCAUGAAUUCUAUGCCAAUGAACUAUGAGCCCUGGUUCAUUUCCUGAGCUGCUGCAUCAAGUUUUAGCUGCAAAUCAAGGUUGGUGAGUUUGUCCAAGGCAGCAUAAUUUUUGAGCACCAAGAUGGUCUUCACCUUGAAAUAUUUGGUCUUCUCACCUGGCACUGUGGGCGCGAUGAGCUCAGUGAGUCUUUAUUGAUGAUCUUGCCUACCUACACUCCUUGACAUAUCAUUCAUUUAUAAUGACAUGCUAAACCUACUAGUCAUUUUCUUCUUCAAAUUUUGACGCUUGAAUCUGGCUCUGGAAUUUUUUGGUUGGUUGAGUUCUUCAAGGAGGGUUAUCUCAAUUUGGAAUGGUACUGUUCCAGUGAGCAAAUUGACUAGGGUGGCAUUGUUAGUAUUGGCUUAAUUAUAGUAGGUAUACGGACCCCAUUGAUUUUGUUAUGUUUCUUUUAUGGAGUAUGCUGAGGAUGUAUUGAUGACUGUAUGGAUUACGGUGAGGGAAUGUUGAUGGAAUGGAAGUGUAUAUCUAGUUCUUUAAGGUUGACUGUACUUGUUUUGGGGGUGAACUUGAGGUAUACACUUAUAAGACCUUCAAAAGAACAAUAUUAUGAAAAUACUUUGUUUCUGAAACUAA